AUGUCUUUUUAUAUCAGAUCAAAGUUGAAUCGUCCAUAAACAACUUCUAAUCAUAAUAGACCAUUAGAUAAUAGUGCUAUUAAAGAUAGUAGAUUAGUGUAUGUUCAAAAUAAACUUUAGAAAAUAAUAUACUACUCCUAAAAUGGGCAGAGAAAAGGAAAAUCUAUAUGAUGAAAACAUCAAAUUAAAGUCUCAAUUAAAUGAAUAAACUUAGCAAUUACUUUAUGCAAGAUCCAAAAUAUAACAAUUAGAAGUAUAGAUUAAUAUUCUAAAUUAGAGAGAAUUGCAAAGAUUUGAGAAUUUAAUUGAAGACUCCAUUAAACCUGAAACUUCAUAAUAAAAAGUAUAAAUUGAAAGAUAUGGUUUAAUUAUGAAAAUGAAAACUAAAUAAAAAUAAUUGAUUUUAGAGUUAUAGAAUAAAACUAAAGAAUUAAUUGAAUUAAAGAAAACAAUGAGAUUCACUAAUUAUUAAGAAUUAGAAGUAAAUUGUUUUAUUAUAAUAAAUUAGAUAGAAUUAAAGAAUUAUAUAGAUGAAACUUUAAGAUUAAGAUAAAAAUUAGAAUAUAAUGAAUAAAUGAUAGCUAUAUAAUCAUCAGCAGAACCUUUAGAAAAGUAAAUUCUGCAUUUAGAAAAGACAAUAAAAGUACUCUAGAGGGAUAAUAUCGAAUUAAAUUCAAAGCAAUUAAAUAAUGAUGUUAUCACUUCUAAAUUAUAAGUAAGUGAUUUGUAUAAAUUAAGAUUCAAUUGGAAGAGAGUUUAAAGUAAAAUGAGAAGUAAUUAAAUGAAAUUAUUCAUUAUGAAUAAAUGGUCAAAGAAUUAAAUGAAUAUAAUAGAUAAUGUAAUGAUCUCAUAUCUUAAUUAUAAAUCUAAAAUAAAGUUUGGGUGUAGAGUCAAUAAAACACAACAUCUGAAGAGUUAUUUAAGAUUUAAUCCUAAUUAGAAUCAUUAUAGAAUAAAUAUUCAUAAGAAAUGGAGUAUCUUAUAUAUAAUGAUAUAAAAAUAGUAUGAAAAAUUAAGAAAUAAGAUCAUUAAAAAUUGAAGUUUAAAGAUUGAAUCUACAUAUAUAAGAGAUGGAGAAGAUAAUUGAAAAUUAAGAAGAUAAGAUUAGAGAAAUAGAGUGUUCAGUUUACUCUCCAGUUUCACGUGUAGGAAAUAUUGAAUCUCCUUUACAAAAUGGAUUUAAAAUAAUGUAGAUUGAAAUGAAAUCUUAAGUAAUGAAAAAAAAGUUACCUCGAGUUCAAUUCACUGAUAUUAGAGAAAUUUGUAUGAGAGUUAGAUUAAAUCUUGUUAAACAUAAAGUAGAAUAUUAGGAUAUAGAAAAAUACUUUAAUGAUUCUGAAGAAUUAAGUAUUCAUUAAGUAAAAAAUAUAUUGCAUAAGUAUUGAUUUUAUUUUAAUAAGAUCUCCCUUUGAGAUUCAUGAUCAUUAAUAAAUUAAGUUACUAAGUAGAUAUUUAGUUGAGGAUAAUUCUGAAGAUUAUUUGAUUUAUGAUUAAGAUAGAACAAAUUAAACAACAAUAAUAAAAUCAGUUAUGAAGAAGAUAGUUGGAAAAUAUGAAAUAUUAGAUAAUGAAGAGGAAUAAUCCAUAUUAUAAUCUAUUUAAUAAGUUAAUUAUUAUUAAUAUUUUAGAAAUUGAAUCCUUCAUUAAUAGAAACUAUUUAAAUGAUGUUAACUAAAAAGAAGAAUCUAUAACCAGGAACAUGUGAAUAAAGUGAUUUAGAUUAAGCUUUAAAAUUCCAUGAAAUUUAAUUUACUCAUAAAGAAUAAGAGAGAUUCAAUUUGAUUUGUUUUGAAGUUUCGAAUUCUUUAGAAAUCAUAAAUUAUGAAAGACUACUUACUUAUUUUAAAUGA